AGAAAGGUUCUUAGCUGGGCUGGACUCUUCGGGCUCCAUGUUCCCCGUUUAGGUUAAACGAAAUCCCUGCCACGGGCGACUCCUUUAAAAAAGCUCUUUUCCUCACCGUCACCGACCCAAGUAAAAGAACGGUGAAUUUCAGGCCGUUGCUCUCUUCCUCUGCGUAUAUUAUAAACCAGACUGAAUAUACUUUGCGGGGCGGACCAUCUUUAGCGAUAGGAACAGCAUAAAAUAUUUUGUCAGUUUCUAUUUGCAAACACAACCUCUUAUCUUUUCCUGUUUAUUAGGUUUGUACUGUCUUAGGUUUUUAAUCUUCAAACGAAGCGAUGGGGAGAGCCAAAAAAGGCCCUAAAUUUGCAAAAAUGAAGAAGAUGAUUACCUCUAAAGCAAUUAAACAACAUAAAGAGGAGGUUUUGAAUCCGAAGAAAAAAGAUUUGUCCCUCGAAAAGCUUCCAAGAAAUGUGCCACAGGUUUCUUCUGCUCUCUUCUUCUCAUACAACACAGCUUUGGGGCCCCCAUAUAGGGUCUUGGUGGACACUAACUUCAUUAAUUUCUCUAUUCAGAAUAAGUUGGAUUUAGAGAAGGCAAUGCUGGACUGCUUGUAUGCGAAAUGCACACCUUGCAUCACAGACUGUGUGAUGGCGGAACUUGAGAAGUUAGGUCAGAAAUACCGCGUGGCUUUAAGAAUUGCUAAGGAUCCACGUUUUGAGAGACUACCCUGUAUUCAUAAGGGGACUUAUGCUGAUGACUGUAUUGUUGAAAGGGUUACCAAGCAUAAAUGCUAUAUUGUUGCUACAUGUGAUCGAGAUUUAAAGCGAAGAAUCCGCAAGAUCCCUGGUGUGCCAAUCAUGUACAUCACUCAACACAAAUACUCAAUUGAGCGGUUGCCUGAAGCAACAGUAGGUGGAGCUCCACGAUAUUGAUAACUUUCAAGAUUGGGAGAACAGAGGAUUUUGCUUGAUGCUCUUGAAUGUCAUUUAUCCUACCAUAUGGAAAUAUGGUUGAGAUCCUUUACCAUAUGGUGGCUCUUUUUUAGUGUAGUUCUUUCCAACCUCGAAAUGAGGGUUGAAAUUUUGUUGUUUCUAUAAUUAGAGGAAAAUCUUCACAAUAUGUAACUGUUUUUAGCUUUGCUCCUUGUUUCAUUAUUAUAUAUCACGCUUGCAGUCUGAAUUAUGCUUCAA